AUGAUGGAGCCGGCUGGCGAUGCAUGUUGUGGGGCCACUGCUCGAGCUCUGGAUAUGUUCAAUCGUCGUGGUUCGGUGAUUGCCGUCGUGAUAGGAGGUAACACACCCGAAUUGGUUUCGUCGUGUACUGCUUCUUCCUCAACGGUUAUACCGUCGGAUCAUCCGUCCUCUAGUUCAGACAUGGAAGCUUUAAGCUCCGCUGAUCCACAGAGCAACAUAUUCCGUUUUAGUGAUUGGCGGCCACCGUAUCCGCGUCUCAUUGCAUUCCAUGACUGCCUUUCACUUGCUUCUGCUUGGUCACUUGGUCUCAAUCCGUCACUGCUCGAUGAUAGACCCACUGGAGCCUCUCAAGCGCAAUCGCCAUGCGAAGACGAUUCCGGUGAUGGAAAAUCGAACGAAAUGCUGGCUAGUUGCCCAGCGUUUAGAAAUGAACUGGGAAGUGAGCCGACCCGACGAUUGGCCCUUUCACGGCACACAUGCGACGGUCCAUUGGAAGCACAUGAAUGCGAGAGUUGGAUGAGAGAGCAUACCGCUGCUGAAGCCGGUAUACUCGAAGACGUUUCCAAUGUCUAUUUGGGUGGUCGACUAUGUGCCGCACGACAGCCGAAAAAUGUUAUCGAACCACAGGACAUCGGUUCCUAUUACUAUCGGCACUGCUUUGCAGGACGAGCACAUGUAGAAUACUUUGGUGUGGACGAUGAGCUUGGCCCUAUAGCUGUUAGUAUGGUUCGUGAAACGACAGACAGAAAGGGUGAUCGAUCUGGAUCGGCUAUUUAUAGAAUGAUCGUCAGAAUAAGCGAUGUCUGUCCACGGGUGAGCUUCGGCUGUAUGCGACCAUCGUUACAGACUCCUCGUGUCGAGGAGAUGCUAAUGAAAAUGGACGAGCAGCCAAUCUAUACCCGAUAUAAAGUUGGCAUCAUGCUGUGUAGAGCCGGUCAAAGUACCGAAGAACAUAUGUAUAAUAAUGAACAUUCCUCCAAUGCAUUCGAUGAAUUUUUGGAUUUUAUUGGACAACGAGUUCGUCUUAAAGGAUGGGAUCAGUACAAGGGUGGUCUCGAUACACGAGGCGAUACUACCGGUACACAUUCGAUCUAUUGCGAAUAUCAGGCCCAUGAGGUCAUGUUUCAUGUAUCUACAUUGUUACCAUUUACUCCAAGUAACCGACAACAGCUUUCCCGUAAACGCCAUAUUGGUAAUGAUAUGGUGACGGUGGUAUUCCAAGAGCCUGGAGCUCUACCGUUUUCACCGAUCGCCGUUCGAAGUCACUUUCAGCACGUAUUUAUCAUUGUUCGUGUUCAUAACGCAUGUACGGAUAACGUCUCUUAUAGCGUAGCGGUGUCCCGAUCGAAAGAAGUACCGGCAUUUGGUCCACCCCUUCCGAAAGGUGCCACAUUCAGCAAAUGUGCCGAUUUCCAUGAUUGGAUUCUUACAAAAAUAAUCAAUGCUGAGAAUGCGGUGCAUCGCUCGAAAAAGUUCGCCACAAUGGCUGCUCGUACUAGACGAGAGGCAUUGCGAGAUCUCGCUGAGAACUAUGUCGGGACGCAUCAAAACGAAGGGCCAAGUCGGAUUGCCAGUCGCUUCCUGGGUGGAAGUGUGAAGCGUCGCGAACGGCAGAAUCCCAAACCAUUUCCGGCCAAUAUCCGCGGAGCUCUUUCGUGGCUAGUUGACGUCCAUGACCACUCAAUCAAUCAGAGAGUAAGCUGUGUUCUUGGCUUGUCUCAAGACGCUUUGGUGCUUUUGGAGCGGCCAUCUGGUACGGCUAUCUUUUCCACGCCAACACAUUCCAUUAUCGGAUGGGCGAACACUGAUAUGGGAUUGAAAAUCUACUACGACCACGGAGAUAUGCUUCUGUUACGGUGUUGUACUGAAACUGGAACGGAUGCCGAAUUGAAUUUAUUGUUACAGCGAUUGAAAGCCGUGACAAGGGGUGAUGAGGCGAAGGAGGUGGUUCUUCGUCGUGCUCGUACUUCGGACAGUUGGGGUUUUCAUGUGCAAGACGAAGGUGUGGUAACGGAUGUGGAAAUGUAUCAAACCGCAUGGAAAGCCAGCCUUCGACAAGGCAGUCGAAUUGUUGAGAUUGAAUCGUUCACGGUUGCAACGCUCUCCUUUGACAAGAUCUCUGAAAUUCUUUCGGAACGAGAUACCGUUCGACUGCUUCUGAUCUCUCCGGCAAAUGACGGAUCUCCUAGACGGGGAUGUGAAGAUCCCCACUGCCCUGCCGUUAAAGGUGCAGAACAAAUGCUUACUCCGGAUGCGUUUGCUAGACAACCAGUCAGUACGCCCGUGAGUUACGGACAAGGUGCGGCUCUCACUUCAAUGAAUCGCCAGGCAAGUUCGGUACAUGAUCACAUGUGUCUGAUGUUAAACACGCCAAAGACGCUUAUACGUGCCCAAUCCGACGAACAUCUUCGGUCACCCAUAGCUGAAGAGAGCAAAAAGGCCCCUCUAUCAGCACGGGUAUCAACGAAUGAGCAGGAUGCUGCCGAAUUGGCACGAUGCCAACAAAACCUUGAAAGAGCAUAUCAAGAAAAAAGGGCCCUAGAGAUGUUAGUACAGCAACUAAGAAAACAGCUAAUGCAUGAGCGUCAAUCUCAUGAGAAUACUCGACGAGAAUUGGAAAGGCUCAGGAUACAAUUGGAUAAAAGAUGA